AUGUCAAGACUAAUAUUGAAAUCAUCUUUGGGAUUAGGUAGUUUAGGAAUAGCUUCAUAUUUCUGGGGUUUAGGAGGUAAUAAAUCAAAUUCAUCUCCAUCUACACCAUUACCACCAUCAUCAUCACCACCAAAUUCAAAUUCAAAUUUACCAAUAAAACCACCAUCUACACCAACACAACAACAAGUAUUUGAUCCAUCAUCAAUAAAUCCAGAAGCAUUUUUUAAAUAUGGGUUUCCUGGGCCAAUACAUGAUUUAUCACCACAUUCAGAAUUUAUAAGUUGUUAUGAUAGAUCUAAAAGAAAUCCAUAUUGGGUAGUUGAACAUUUAACAAAACAAUCAUUAGCUAAAUCAAUUGAUAAUGGAGAUAGGAAAAAAUCCAUUUUCAAAGAAGAUGAAUCCAUACCUGCAAAAUUUCGUAAUAAAUUACGUGAUUAUUUUAGAUCUGGAUAUGAUAGAGGUCAUCAAGCUCCAGCAGCAGAUGCAAAAUUUAAUCAAUUAGCAAUUGAUGAAACUUUUUUAUUAACUAAUAUAUCCCCACAAGUUGGUGAUGGAUUUAAUCGUGAUUAUUGGAGUCAUUUUGAAGAUUUUAUACGUCGAUUAACCACAAAAUAUGAUGAUAUAAGAGUAAUGACAGGUCCUUUAUAUUUACCUAAAUUAAUGCCAGAUGGGAAAUACCGAGUUUCUUAUGAAGUUAUUGGAUCACCACCAAAUAUAGCUGUCCCUACUCAUUUUUUUAAGUUAGUUGUUGGUGAAAAAAUCGGUGAUAAUCAAAUAAGUUGUGCUGCUUUUGUUUUACCAAAUGAUAUAAUAAAUAAUAAUACUCCAUUAAUACAAUUUCAAGUUCCAAUUGAUGCAUUAGAAAGAUCUUCUGGUUUAGAAUUAUUACAAAAAAUUCCUUAUUAUAAUAAAAAAGAUCUUUGUAAAGAAGUUAAAUGUGAAAUUAUUGUUAGGGAAUUUCCUAAACAAGUUAAUAAUGUUUUAGCAUUACCUUCUGGUGGGAAAUGA